CAUCAAUUUAAAUACACAUGUGACUUCAGGAAGUAACAUACAAAAUAUUAGCUCCUCCUAUGUCUGUUGUUGAAGUAAAUGGUGAAACUUCAGAGGGAGUCAGUCCACAAACAAUGAGUCAAAGAUGACAGAGGCAGGAGGAUGAAGCAAGCAGGAAGGAAUAGCAGAAGCCCAAAUAUUACAAGCUGCCUGGCUGUUUCAUGCAUAUAAAACUGCAUGAUUAGCAUCCAUAGAAGGAAAAUACACUCCUACCAACUUGGAUCUUCUCCAGACAUAUCAUUUCCGGAAGAAUAUUCUUUGUCUCUUCCCUCUCUCUGUGAUUCUUAUGUGCACAGGAGGGAGAGGAUGGAAUAGCACAGCAGCAGGAGAGAACCAUCUGAAAGGGGAUUUCACAGCAUUUUUGAACUUCAGGCUUUAGAAUGAUUCCUAUAGUUUGGAUUGGUGCUUUCCUCCUCCUUGGCACAGCAGAAGCCAAUGAAGUCUGCUAUAAAGAUCUAGGUUGCUUUUCUGAUAAGCCCCCUUGGUCAGGAAUACCUGGGAGAAAGUUGUUUGGCUUACCAGCAUCUCCUGAAAGCAUGAAUAUAUCUUUUUUGCUUUUCACUAGAGAGACUGGGAAUCUUUCACAGAAACUGUUAUACACCGAAAAAUCAACUGUUCAAAAUUCUUAUUUCUCUCCAUUGAGGAAAACUCGCUUUGUUAUCCAUGGAUUUACCAGCACUGGAAAAUAUGGCUGGGUUGUGGAGAUGUGCUUGCUGCUGGUGAAGGUGGAGAACAUAAACUGCAUUGCUGUAGAUUGGGAAGAUGGUGCCAAAUGUACCUACUUCACAGCCGCAAGCAACAUUCGUGUUUUAGGAGCUGUAACAGCUUAUCUUAUCAACACUUUAGCGAAAGUGUAUCACUAUUGUCCAUCCAAGAUCCACCUCAUUGGUCAUAGUCUUGGUGCUCACACUGCUGGAGAAGUAGGAAGACGACUUCGAGGCACUGGCAGACAAUUUUCAGGCAUUGGCAGAAUAACUGGCUUGGAUCCAGCUGGGAUAGGUUUUGAAGGUUUCCCUGAUAUGGUCAGGCUGGAUCCUUCCGAUGCUCAAUUUGUGGAUGUCAUACAUACCAAUGCUGGAAAGUUUCCCACAAUAGGAUUUGGUAUGUUCAAUGCCACUGGUGAUCUUGACUUUUACCCCAAUGGUGGAAGAGUUAUGCCAGGAUGUGAUGAUAAGAAUACAACACUAGUUGAAACUGACUUUGAUACAGAAAUGGAGGGUGUUGGAAACUGUCACCACUCAAGAAGCCAUGAGUACUAUAGGUACAGCAUUCUCUUUCCUGGAGGAUUUGUUGCUUACCCAUGUGAAUCAUAUGAAUCCUUCCAAGAGGGAAAUUGCUUUCCAUGCCCCAGAGAAGGCUGUCCAAUGAUGGGCCACUAUGCUGAUCGGUUCCAUAAUAAACUGAGGAAUAACAACCCAAAGUACUUUUUAGAUACAGCACCUAAGAAGCCAUUUACCAGCUGGCUAUAUAAUAUAUCGGUCAAGCUAUCUGGAAUGACAGGCGUGAAGGGAGAAAUGGACAUAGCUUUCCAAAUGAAAGAUGGAAAGACAAAAGAAUACCAAAUUGGGAGUGGCAGCCUUAACCAAGGGCAAACCUACUCAAAGCUCAUCAGUGUCGAAAUUAAUCCUGUAAAAGCUUCAAGAGUUGAAUUUAUUUGGCAUAAGAAGAUCUUCACUUCACACUGGGCUAAACUGGGAGCUGAAAGAGUGCGCCUAGUCCGUGGAAAGGAUGGGCAUGAGUAAGUAUGGCUAUUCUGAAUGUUUUGAUUUCAUGAUUUAUACCAUCAGGGGCGGGGGGGUGUCGUAAUCUGGGCAGCCCAGGACCUCCAUGCAAACUGCCCUGGCUUGUGCCCUAGAGAGGUCACUUUGGUGCUGCGAAUGCAGCAAAAACAAUGCAGGAGGCAGAAAUUACAAGUUACCAGUCCCUGCGGUCACAGCAUCCACUGAGAUUCUUCAGUAGUCAGGGCCAGAGCUCCCCAUUCCCGCUUUAAAGACUACUUGGAUGAUUAACAAUUCUGUUGGAACAAACCACAACUUUCCAGUUGAGAAAAUCAUGUACAUUCCUUAACUUACCAGUCUUAUGCUCACACUUGGCUAUCUCUGCUUCUUUUCAACAUUUGGUGAAAUAUAUUGAGGAGGGGCAAGGAA